AUGAACAGUUUAUCUCCCACCCUCCGCUCCGAACCCCGCCUACUCGGGGUGCGUGUCAACAUCGCUGUGAUCGGUGUUGUUCACACGCCCAUGAUCGGUCAUCCACUCCGAGAUGAGCAAUCUCGUCUUGCCGGGAGGUUUGUACUACCAGCAGCUGAGGUCUUCGGUCGGAUUAGCGAUACGAGGAAGGGGUUGGCGCAGCCGAGAUCCAUGGUCGUCAAUGUGGUCGCCAGAUCUACCAUUUCGGAUAUUGAAAGCGGAAAGAACGGUGAUCUGGCAUGGUGGCACGUCAUCUUUGACUAG